UCUCUAUUUAUAAAAAAAAAAAAAAAAAGAAUUCAACAAAUAGUCUACCGCCGCCGCCGCAAACCUAGCUCUCCGCCGCCUUGUUGUUCCCAACUCUGUCUAACUCUUCAGUUGAUUAAGGAUGGAAGGAGGAGGUGAAGGAAGUAGCAGCGCCGCCCCAGCAGCAGCAGGAGUAGUUCCGAAAUCAGCGAUGGAGGCUGUGAAACAAGCGCUGGCUCACCUCGAGGAGCUCAAACCGCAGCUCGAGGAGAUGCUCUCUCUAGCUCAGCCAGAGGUUCUUGCUCAAAUGCAGCCGCUGAAGCGAGCUAAGGUCACGUACAUGCUCGCCGAAGCCACCACAACAAUCUUCAAUCUGAGGUUGAGAUGUACAGGUGUUAAUCCCGACGAUCACCGUGUCAAAUCUGAAAUUGUAAUGUCUUUUGGCUAUUCGUUUUUGUUUGUUGAUGAAAAUGACAUCUCUUUGGCUGUUUUUUUGCAGGAGAGGCUUGACGUCUACAAAGACAAGUUUCAGCGGUGUAUGGAUCGCAGUAAAGAACCAUUGCGUCCGACUACAGUCUUAAACCGUCAGGCAGCUACCCGUUUCAUCGAACAUUCUCUGCCUGAUCUUUCAUCUGCUCAAAGGCAAAACAUUAGGGACCUCAGCAAAGGAGAGAAAUCAAGGAUGAGGUAUUCAGAAACAUCUGCAAAAAAGAGGAAAUACCAAUCAAAUGAGAAACAGUCUGUUCGAUCUGCUGCAAAGGAAUUUCUUGAAAAGGCAGCUCGUGAGCUUAAUGGUAACAAUGAAAAUGGUUUGAAGGGCCCUCUAAUGGCGGCAGCUGAGGGUACUUCAGAUGAUGUUGAAAUGGGUACAGCCUGAUUUUCCAAAUAUAUAUCAUGCUGCUGAUCUUUUUGGAUUGUGUCUUCGGCAUUCGUCGUCCUCAUCACCAUCUUUUUUUCUGAGAGAAGUUUGUUUUCUCAACUCAUCUUAUCUUUGAUGGUGUCUUUUAAAAUUUAUUAUGGACCUAUAUAAGUCAGGGUUGGUGUAUGUUGUAGAUUGCAUUUUGUUAGCAACUGAUCUCAUAAUCUCUUAGAAGUUCGUCUAAUA